CCUCGAACCAGUUUAUGCAACCAAACUUAUCGAGUUUCUACUAAACACAAUGGAGAAGUUUAGCUUGUGUGUGAUUUUUUCACUCUCUGUUCUGGUGGCAAGUGCUUAUGCUCAAAGUGCUUCCAAUGUGAGAGCUACAUACCAUUUCUACUACCCUGCACAGAAUAACUAUGACUUGCUGGCUGUGAGUGCUUUCUGCUCAACCUGGGAUGCCACCAAGCCCUUGGAAUGGCGCAAAAAGUAUGGCUGGACCGCCUUCUGUGGACCGGCUGGACCUACCGGCAAGGACGCAUGUGGGAAAUGCUUAAGGGUGACAAACACAGCGACAGGAGCACAGGCAAUAGUGAGAAUUGUUGAUCAAUGCAGCAAUGGAGGGUUAGAUUUGGAUGAAGGCGUAUUUUCGCAACUUGACACAAACGGGGCAGGAAAAGCUCAAGGCCACCUUAUUGUGAACUAUGAUUUUGUGGAUUGUGGAGAUUAAAUUAAGCACUUUCUGCUUCCAUGAUUAAAGUUAAUCAAAUGUAUCAGACUCAUAAAUAAACUUCUGAAGAAGUAAUCAUAAGUGCUUAUCAGCACUACUACCUCUUUGUAAUCUCAUCGUUUUGAAGAAUAAUAAACUCCUCCAGAAUAAGCACUUUUGUUUGUUCCA